AAUAAAACUGAAUAAAACGCGUUAAUGACUUGUAGUUGCUCCUUUGGCGAGAGCGAGCGGGUUUUGUUUCCCUGUAGCGUCUGUAUCGCCUCAUCAGCGCCAGUUGGUCCGUUCAUCAUCCCCAGCUGCGUCACACGUGCCAUUUAGAGUUUGGCUUCUGAGACUGACGAUGUAUUACGUCAGAUAAGCCUUACCAAAGGCAUCUCGGCGUUCCUGCUGGGACACAAAUUCCAGUACAUCAGCAACGUCUUAAACGUUCGUCAGCUAAUCUCUAACUCAAUUUUGUUAGUAGAACGUCCUCUGUAUCGAACAAUUCCUUCUCAAAAGCUUGCGGCUUUCUCCUUCCUGAAAUUACAGCGAAAUUCUUUUUGGCAGAAAAAGCACAUUCAUAACAAAAGAACAGCUUGGUUUUCGGUUUUUUCUCCUUUAGAAAAGCUUUUUGUUUUGUGAAACAUUUUUAGGCGAUUGCAUAACCGUAACAAUUAAUUUGUUACUUACGAAACGAAUAGUGUGUCACUCAUCUAGUUUUGGCUUAUUGAAGAACACGGUGUUAAUAUGGCGGAAUCAAGGCUGCUUGAAAAUGAAGCGCUGCUAGAACCUUACGCUGAGUCAACUCGGACAAUCUCUGCUCCACAAUGGCGCUCGGUCGUAUAUUUAAUUGGACUGACAACGUGCUUUUUUGGAGUACAGUUGGCUUGGUCGAUCGAGUUUGGUUACGGUACCCCAUAUCUCUUUUCACUUGGCUUGCGUAAGGAAUGGACUUCGAUUAUUUGGAUCGCUGGUCCGUUGACGGGUGUAUUUGUUCAGCCGAUGGCAGGCAUGCUUUCCGAUCGCUGUACAAGUCGGUUUGGAAGAAGACGGCCAUUUAUGAUUUGUGCUAGUUUUCUCGGCAUGUUUAGUCUUAUGCUUAUGGGCUGGGCUCCUUGGCUUAGCUCGAAACUGUUUCCAGAGUCAUCACAAAAAGUGGCCGUCAACAUCCUGGCCACGCUCAGUAUUUAUAUGCUCGAUAUUGGUGUUAAUACAGUGAUGGCCAGUUCGCGUUCUCUCAUUGUUGACGUUGUCCGCUCUGAACAGCAACAAGAUGCCAAUUCAUGGGCAGGAAGAAUGAUUGGUGUCGGAAAUGUUGUCGGCUAUCUCUUUGGUUACUUGCCUCUACAAAAGAUGUUUUUCUUCUUGGGAACGACACAAUUGCAAGUAUUGUGUGCAUUAGCAGCCAUUCUCCUUAUCAGCAGCGUUGUGAUCACAUGUCUCAUCGUUGAAGAAGUACCUAAUACUAAUCCUCCUCAGGCGCAGGUAUCGGUGUUCAAGGAACUAUUUCACUUCUUCACCUCGCUAAAGCAAGAGAUCAGCUUUAUGCCGGCAUCCAUUAAAAAUAUCUGUUACGUCCAGUUUUUUGCGUACUUUGCUUGGUUUCCCUUCCUGUUCUACAUUACUACAUAUGUCGGCGACCUUUACUUGCAGCAUCCACCUCCUGGACAUGAAGGUGACUGGGACAUUGCGACCCGUCAGGGCUCGUUUGCGCUUUUGUUGUUCGCGAUUGUAUCCCUCUGUGCAAACACCACGCUGCCUUUGCUUGUAGAGGAUCAUGGAGAAAGCGAAAGCGACCAGCUGUCGCACGAUUCUUCCUCUGAGGAAUCAUCCUUAUUCCAUCGCUCGUUGCAUACUUUGCGUUAUAAAUGGUCUGCGAAAAUGAUUAUCCCUGGUUUGUCUUUGCCGCUUCUGUGGCUGUCUUCACAUGUUGUUUUUGGCGUCUGUAUGUUGAGCACGUUUGUUUUGCAGACGGCGACGCAGGCCCAAGUUAUGAUUGCAAUCUGUGGUUUUUCGUGGGCAUGUACAUUAUGGGCACCUUUUGCUUUGCUUUCUUCCGAGCUCGCUCGUCUUGAAUUGCAGGAGAGCGGUGGAAAGAUGAUUGGCGUUCACAAUAUUUUUGUUUCCGCGCCUCAGGUACUGAGCACUAUAAUUGCAACCAUCGUUUUCCUGCAAUCCGAAGGCAGUCAUCGUGAGGUUGGAGAUUCUAGUAUCGCCUGGAUUUUGCGAAUUGGAGGAAUCUCGGCCUUCAUUGCCGCAUUCCAAACCACCAGAGUCUUGCACCUAUAGCCUCGCAUCCAAUAUUUUAUAGGGCGGAUGUGUUCAUUCUCUGCCGCACAUACACAUAUUUUCAAGUGCAGCUACAAGAUCCUUUUGGGCACUUAAAAGAAAGCAGCGUUCUGCUGAAAACUACUCGUUACGAUAAUGUUGAUGAUAAUGACUCGCUGAUUAGCAAUCUACAAGUGAAGAGUGCAAGGUUUUAUCUGAGGUUCGUAUUCCAAGGUUGGUUCUGUUAUUUCUUCACCAUUAUAUUUAUCCCUAAAGUUUUGACAAGGAUCCCGCUCAUGCAUAUUUUUUGAAACGAUCGACCAUCAGCAUUAUCCUUUUCUAUUCAUCUUUUUAUAGUAUCUAGUCUAUUGUAUAAUAAAGCGAAAUAAAGCUACGAGUGAAAGGAACGGGCGUGUGUCCUUAAUACCCCGUUGAGUGAUUCGGUAAACUUUAUUUUUAACAGAAAAUCGUGCUAAACGGCUUCAACUUGAUUCAAACCCUGUCACAAU